CGCGAUCACGGCCCCGCGUGUCGCAGUCUAUCGUUCAUCCACUUUUAGCUCUGGAUCUCGUCAAGAAGAACUGGAACCAUUGCGAACUGGUCGACUUUCGUGGCCUUCUGCUUCUCGUCCGCAGAUUUUAUGGUGCCGUCCGGCAACAGUACAGCAAGAAUUCCGUAGACUCCUGUUGGAUACUUCAAGCACGGCAGCAUGAUCGGACAGUUUUCCAAUCAAGAAGACCUGACGCUGACGGACCUGGUGCGACACAACUUGCCGAAGCGGUUUCAGACAGUGACUUUCUACGUGCGCGUCUUCGCCAUGUACAUUACGCCGGUGGUUUUAUCACCCUUGCUCCGGGCCCAAUCAUAUGAGAGUCACUGCUCUUUCAUCGUGCUCUAUGUGCUCUUCCUCUGGCUAUUUCAGUCUAUGCCCCCAGCUAUCGUGUCAUGGCUUCCGCUCAUCUUAGUGCCAGCCUUUGUCAAUACCAAAAUCGAAGAUCUGCUCAUUCACUACACUUCCGAAACCAUGCUCUUGUACAUAUGGUACGGUAUGGUCCUGAACGGUAUCGAAGGCACCAACCUCCACAAGCGACUCAUUCUCACACUGCUCCUAAUAUUCGGCGGAAAGUCCGGCUUCAUCAUCGGCGGGUUCGUCACCACCACCGUGCUCGUGUCCAUGUGGACCAACGGCGUGCGCACGGCCGCUAUCGUUCUGCCCAUCGCCAUGGAGGCCAUUCAGCACAUCCAGGACAACCGUCUUUUCCACGUCUUCGAGCUACGCACGCGAUACGUGCACAAGCCCGUCGGAAUCGGCACCCCUAUAAUGGAAGCCCGUUACCUGAUCGAAGGCGGCAUCGUCAUUCCAGACGUCAUACGUAUACUGAAUGAGUUCUUCACCGUACGCAAGGGACUCCUCAUCGGCAUCAGCUACUCGGCGGUGCUGGGCUCAAUGGGCUCUGUGGUCGGCUGCGGAGGCAAUCUCUUCGUGAAGGCGUUCAUGGAGCAAAUCUACGAUUACCACCGGCUUACCAUCUACAACUGGUUUCUGUGCCACAUGCCCCUGACAGUGCUUUGCACGCUUCUCCUGUGGCUUGUGCUGUCAGUCUGCUACUCCAGUGACGUCCUCUCGAGUGACCAUAUCUCGAAACGCGCCUUCGAAGACGUCAUCUACCGAAGAUUCGCCGAGCUCGGACCCAUCACGUACACGGAGUUCAUCCCCAUGGUAACCAUCGGUCUCAUGGGUCUUGCCAUCGUCGGCGUCCAUUACUAUUCGGAGCUCAUGCACAUGGAACCAAUGCGGACGGCGUUCUAUGAGAACGUGUUCGUCUUCUUGGCUUUUAUGGCGCUCUAUUCUGCGCCGGUUGGCCACGCGACAAACAUACAGCAGCAAAGUGGUGUCCAUCCCAGGCAUGUAACUCUUCUGAGCCUCUCUAUAGAAAGGUUACGGCUUUUUUGCAUGGGUAUAGCGAAAGUGUCGUGGACCCCUCUUUUCGGGCAUGGCCUGCCGGGGACCUUUGGUACUUUCAUGCUGGACAUCAAGAUACGCAGAUUAGACGCACACAAACACACUUACAUACGGCGGUUAAUGUGUCGAAAGUGCGAAAUGCUGUCAUUUGCUGUGCUGCAUGCACUUUUCGGUCUGACAGCGGCCAAGUGGACAUUUGAACAGGGCACCCACAGAGGUGGCAUAAAUCCGCCAUCUUUGUAA